GCCCUGCUGAGUGUAAUAAUAUCGUAUUGUAAUCCGAAAUUCGUGUUUACAAAGUGGUUCUUGAAUAAAGGGUGUUUUAUAGUUGCUAUGGAAAUAAGACCUCGUUUUCAAUGGCUAAAUACCCCUGUUAAUUACAUACAAACAUACAUAAAAUUGAUACAACAUUAUAAACCAAACAAGUACGUUAUUUGAACGCUCCCCUUGCCGUACAAGGGGCCUAGUAGUACACGUACGGCAACUGAACGUCCAACAAAUUAAAGCAAAAUUGUCAAUUAUGGUGUUAAUUGGAGCCCAUUAAAGACGCUUCUCCACAAAUAAAAAGUGGUUGUCGAGGCCUGUUUUUUUUUCAAACCGAAUUUCCCUAUGAAUUUUCGUGAAUACAGAAGAACGGCUAAUAAGCCUCGGCUUGGCGGCGCCUCGCUGGCCGCGCUUUGGUGCCUCUGCUUAAGCCUGCAAGUAAUUUCGGCCGGGGCUUUGGUGCGCCAGCAUAAGCUGUCGCCUUUCGGCGGACGAGGGGUUUUCGGGCAGCCAAAAUGGGGAGGGUUUGGAAUCGGGAGACACUCUAGACCCGGGGGUUACAGUGGACCGAGAGACGCCGUUCCUCUACUCGUUACGACCCCCAAAACAACUCCAUCGGCCCCGCGAAUACUUCAGUUUGACACCGAGGACGCGGCCGGGCCCGUCGCCGUGAAUUUGGUCUGCUCGCCGGUAGGGAUGGAGGUUUCGUUCCCUUCUCGUUGGGGGCUGGACUCGGUUUCUAUACAGACCAGGGUGGGAAACUCGGUCUCUUUCGAGCUGGUUCGGGAGCGCCCCCUCUCUUGCCGGUACCGAAGCAGCACGCAGGGCUCCACGAUCACCUACACGUUCCCCUACCAGGGCUGCGACGUCACCCAGUUGAACGGCGUUGCAACGGCCCAGCUCCAGUUCUCCCCUCCCUCAGCCGAGUCCUUCAAUCAUCAAAUCAAAUGCCAGUUGGAUACACAAGUGAUCGUGGUUGGUGAGACUCGUUGCCAGCUCCCCUCUUCUGAGCGCAUGGCUUGUGGGGACCCCCAAAUCUCCCCCCUGGACUGCAGGAGCGAGGGGUGCUGUUACGACCCCCAGGACCCCCAAACUCCUUGUUACUUCGGAGCGAGCACGUGUACGAAGCUUGGCCAGUUUGUUGUGGUGGUUUCGAAAAACUCCACUAAACCAUCUCUGGACCUCGACUCCGUCAGCCUGCCCAGCUCCAGCGGUUCCCAGUGCAAACCAGUAGCUUCUUCCAAAGGCCAGCUGGUUUUCAGAUUCACGGUCACGGACUGUGGCACUACCAAAACGACUGAUGAUCGCUUCCUGUUCUACGAGACUCUGAUCUCUGCCUCCAGGGUCGUUCUGGACGGUCCGAGGGGAAAGGUCACGAGAGACUCCAAAUACAGACUAACACUUCGUUGUCAGUUCGGCUCUGUUGAUGAGGUCUCCAUGAACUCCUCUGUGUUCGCUCUGCCCCCCCCACUCCCUGCUGUUAAACAGGGCCUCCUGCGGGUGGAGCUGAGGAUUGCAAAAGCCCCUGAUUUCGGCUCCUAUUACACUCCUGAGGAGCACCCUGUGGUAAUGGCUCUGCGCUCCCCCGUGUACUCGGAGGUCCGGGUCCUGGGGAGGGAGGACCCCGGCAUCGCCCUUGUGCUUGAUGACUGCUGGGCCACGCCCACCAGUCACUCCAACGACCCCGUCUUCUGGAGCCUCAUUAAACACGGCUGUCCCGUCUCUGGGAACGAGGGGUACCUGGUUUGGGAGCGGGCGGUGCUGCCCAGCGAGGACCGGCCGCUAUCCUCCCUCCUCCGACGCUUCGAGGUGCGAACGUUCGUCUUCCUGGAUGAGCAGGGGGAGAGCCCACUGAGCCAGGAGCUGUACCUGCACUGCAGCACUCAUCUCUGCCAGCCCUCUGACACGGACAAUUGCAAGAGCUCCUGCAACAGUCGCAGGCGUGUUCGCUCUGUAUCCAGAGACCCACCCAGUGAGGUCACAGUCUCAUCGGGGGCCCUCGUCUUUGUGGCACCGGAUACAGAGUCAGGCUCUUCCCACUAUCGCCUGUCUCCGUCCACUCGCUUUGUGAUUGGCUCGUCUGUGAUGCUGGUGGUCGUGGUAACAGCGGCUGUUGGACUCAUCCUUGCCCCCUGGAGGACAAAUUUAAGAACUGCAUCUUAUUGAGAAUUUUUGAGAUUUAUAAAAUAAAUAAAUUAGGGUGGAGAAAA